AUGUCCACCACUAACAUUCCUUCAACUUGCACACCUUCCAAUGAUGACCCUAAUGUGGUUUUGGAUAUCAAUAAAGAAGAAGAACUUUCAAAGGCAGAAAACCAAACAACGACAUGUACAUCCACACUACCGUCGGAGACAUUUGUGGGUGCUGAUUGUGAUCGAACGACGAAUCCUUCAUCCGACCCUACCAACACAACCACAUCUGUAAUUAUUAUUCAUGAACCACUCAAUAAUACUACUGAACAACAACAACAACACCACAACACUGACAAUAUCAUCAGCCAUAGUAGCAACGGUGGAGAUGAUAUCCUUUCCACAUGCGCCGAGGCUGAAUUCAUUUGUCGGUCUCCUCAAAUUCAACAAAUGAAGAAAGAAUUUUCAGGUGCAAACCUGAUCGACCAAGUCGCUCAACCACUCUCAAAAGUUAACAGCGCUGUCGGUGCCAGCCAAAAGUCAGUGUCUAUUAAGAAGGUUACUUCCGCAAAUGAUGUCACAACAAAGGCGGAAUCACAAAGCGUGAUCAUGGAAACUAGAACCGUUUUCUCAUUACAAAGCAAAGCAACAAGCAAGACAUCCAAAUCUGAAGAAAUUGCUGUGAACACUUGUUGUGGCACGGUUGAACUGAAUUGCAUUCGAGUGUUAUCCAUUAUUGGUAUGCUUGUGAAUAUUGCUGCUUUUAUUGCUAUGGCUGUAGUGAUUAGUAUUGCCUUCCCAGUUUCAACUACUAACGAAGUCGAAUUGUUAAUUCUGAGAGCUGAUGCCAAUUUGUACAGUGAAGUGGCUGCAAGUUCUCUUAAAAUUGCAGUCUAUAGCAACAUUACAAACCCAUAUAUCCCUAGAUGGAAGUCCACUAAAGAAAAAGCAACAUCAGCUAUUGCAGCAAUUGUGGACGCUCUGCCACCUAAUGUUUUUCUCACAUUAUUGAAUGGAAGUGCUUACUUUAAUUCAUCAAAUAUUCCUGUAAAUCCCUAUGAACAAGUUGCUGUUGAUUUAUUGCUGGCUGGAAAACAAAAAGAAGCCAUUAAAUUGAUUGAAAGUAAGAAUUUCACAUCUACAUCUUUGGCAUGGAAAAGUGUAGUGAGUAAUUUGCUCACAUAUGCCAAAGACUUGGCUAGAAACAAGAAUGAUUAUUUAUUGACAGCUAGUUCUGUAAACUUGGGUCUCAUUGGUACUUCUGUUUUAUUCGUUGUACCUAUUGUUUUGACAGUAUUCAUCCUUGCAAUCAAUAGAGAAGGAAUAUCACAAAAGAGACUAAAGAAAGCCAAUGCCAUCAUGUUGUUGGAUACCAUGGCAGAUCCUUCUCUUCGUCAAUUAUUCAGAAAACAUUGCGAGCAAGAAAAAGCUGUUGAAUCUUUUGACUUUUUAGAAAAGGUCGCCAUGUAUAAGGAAUUUUGUAACCAAUCCUAUGAUCUUCAAGAGCGUCUUUUCGAUCAAACUAGUUCAUCUUCCUCAGGAGAGAAGGAGAUGCAAGAUCAACCAAAGAAGAAGACAGCAUUAGAAAUCGAGUUAGAAGAGGUUGAAAAGAAAAAGUAUGAAAUUGCUUUUGAAAUAUUCACAGAAUUUGUUGACGAAAACGGUGAAAAAGCUCUCAACAUCACUCGCUCUUCUUGUGAGGAGGUCAAGACCAAGUUGGAUCAUUUCAAUACUGGACAAAACGAUCAUCUUCCAGAUGAACUUUUCGACAAGUUGCAAACAGAACUUGCUAUUGUCAUGCUAGACAUCCAUCAGCGAUUCAAGAACACACUUGCCUUCCAAAAGAAGAUGAAAAUUGCAGACAUUAGAAAAAAGAGAAUGAAUUAA